AUGACCUUAGCACAUGAGGUUUCGGCCUCAGGAGGGUUGAGGGUUCAGUUGGAAUGGUCCAAAGGACAAGUUCAGGAGGAGCAAAAUCAUCUAGGACAAUCAAAAGGUCAGAAUGACCACAAGACAAUCACUCAACAUUCAACUAGUAGUGCUAAUAGCACACAAAAUCAACAAACAAGUGACGUUAAUUCAAUUCAAACUAGCAGACAAUCAUCGACGAGAGCAAUCUGCUCAAGUCAAACACUUCCAGGUCAUCUACAUAAUGAUCAUUCAACGCUGUUAGCAACAGCAAAAGUCAAAGCCAAUUCACACUCAGGAAGUUACAUUGCACGAGUGCUCAUAGAUCCUGGAUCAGAGCUAACAUUAAUCACUUCUCAUCUAGCCAACCUGCUGCAACUGAGAAAACACCAUCAGACAAUCAACAUAAGAGGAGUGGAAAGCUCUAAGCUAACUCAAACAAAAGGUGUAACAUUCUGCGAGCUACAAUCAUCAUCAUCCAGUCAUUCAGUAUACAUUCGGGCUCACAUAAUGAAACAGUUGACAGCUUUAAUUCCAAAAGUGCUAUCUGAUCCAACAUUCAACAUUCCACAAUCAAUAGACAUUCUACUUGGAGCUGACUUUUAUGGAAAAAUCAUAAAACAAAAUAUCAUAUAUAAUUCUCCAACAGCUCCUAUAGCCCAACUUUCCAUCUUUGGUUGGCUAAUUCUUGGUCUGGUAGCACCAAAUACAUCAGUCAAUUAUUAUCAUAUUCAUCAUGCUACUACAAUCACGAACCAUGAAGACAUUCGAAAGUCGCUGACAAAAUUCUGGGUUCAAGAAGAAGUUCCUAUGUCAAAUCAACAUCAAUUAUCAUCCUUGGACCAACAAUAUGAAGAUUUCUUCAAAUCAACACACUCUAGACAUUCAUCAGGACGAUACAUUGUCAGAAUUCGACUCAUUUCUUCACCUGCAGCUCUUGGAGACUCCUAUACAACUGCGUAUCGAUGCUUGAAACGUCAGUUGAGGAGAUCAACCAGCGAGACUGAAUACAGCAAUCUGUAUAGACAAUUCAUGAAGGGAUACGAAGAACUUGGUCAUAUGAGACCUGCUCCAACAAUCAAUCAAGAAUCUCAAGACAUUCAUCCAUACUUUCUUCCUCAUCAUGGGGUUUUAAGACCAAGUAGCACUACCACUAAGCUCAGAGUAGUCUUCAAUGGAUCCAGCCCGACGUCAACUGGAAUUUCAUUGAAUGACAUCACUUAUACUGGAGCAAAAAUUCAAUUAGACAAUCACAACAAAAUCAUUCCAUAUCAACUCACAACAGUAACCUACGGCACUAGAUCUGCUCCUUAUCUAGCAGUUCGUGUGUUACUGCAAUUAGUAGAGGAUGAAGGUCAUAAAUAUUCAGAAUCAACUCAGACAAUCAUCAAAGACAGAUAUGUCGACGACAUAUUUGGAGGAGCAGAUUCUUCAGAAGAAUUAAUUCAAGUUGCUGAGGAACUAAUCAACUUGUGCAAGGCGAGCGGCUUUCCCCUUGCAAAAUGGCAAUCAAACAGUCAAUCACUUUUUCAAAAAACGUCACAAUCAUCAGGCAAUCAACAAAAAAUCACCUUCGAAGACUGCACUACAAAAAUUCUUGGACUUCAAUGGAAUCCAAGCUCAGACACAUUCACAUUCACAUCAAAAUCAGUCACUCAUGAGUCAACAUAUUCAAAACGCCUCAUUCUUUCAGAAGUAGCUCAAAUUUAUGAUCCUUUGGGGUUUGUGUCACCAAUCACAAUCAGAGCUAAGAUGCUCCUUCAAGAACUCUAG